CAGAUCCUCUUCGCUCGCAUGUCCAUCACUGUCCUGGCCAGUUUUAUCUACAUGUGGUACGCGCAGGUCCCCAACCCGCUGGGAACCCGUCCAGUGGUGGGCUUGCUGAUUCUGCGUGCGGUGGGCGGCUUUUUCGGUGUCUAUGGGCUGUAUUACUCGGUGCAAUAUUUGCCUAUAUCUGAGGCAUCUGUGCUUACCUUCCUGGCUCCUAUCCUCAGCUGCUACACCUGCUCGUUAUUCAUUCCCGGGGAACGGUUUACCGGGAAGCAACAGCUGGCUGCGGUGAUAUCGCUGGUGGGCGUGGUUCUCAUUGCUCAGCCUUUUGCAUUUUUCAGAUCAGGCGAAUCGGCCAAUACGACGACCGAGGAGUCUGACACGACGAAAAAGGAGUACCAGCAUACCAUGGCGGUUAUCGUUUCGUUGAUUGGUGUAAUGGGUGCCUCCUGUGCCUACUCAACGAUCCGUAUGAUUGGGACUCGCGCCCAUCCUCUUGUGUCUGUCACAUAUUUCUCUGCUGUCACAGCCAUUAUCUCCCUCGUAGCCAUGGCAGCUCUUCCCUGGGUGCCGUUCAAGCUGCCGGCGACCUGGAUUGACUGGGUUUUGCUAGCAGGCUUGGGAGUUUGUGGAUUCCUGCUGCAGUUUUGGUUGACGGCAGGAUUGGCGUAUGUUCCACCGCCCCCCAAGGGGGGAACGGGUAGCAGUAACAAGUCAUCGGGGUCGCGGGCGACAUCGAUGCUAUAUACAGUGAUGAUAUAUGCAAUGUUCUAUGACAAGGUGGUCUGGGGAGUUACGCUGUCGCCAGUGAGUUGGGUGGGAUCGGCAUUGAUCAUAGGCAGUGCGAUUAGCGUAGCCAUGGCGCGAGACGAUCGUUCAGGUUCAGAUGGAGGAUCUGCCGAAGAUGCGGGGGAGAGAGAACCCCGAGAGAAUGAAGCUGCAAAGGCGACGUCAGACCUGGAGCAUUCGCAUCGGGUGGAGGAAGGAGGGAGAAGCUAAUGCACGAUAGAGAGGAGGGAAAGAGGGGGUGUCGAUCACUGAAUAGAAAACCAGAUGGACCAUGGACAGUCGACGGCUAAAUGGCGGUACGAGCGUGUAGAUAUCAUGUCUGUGCUGGGCGAUAGUAUGAUAUGAAAAUGAUGAUGAAUGCAACCGUUUUGGACUGAGAUGUCACAGUAGGGUAAGUAAUACCACCU